UCAAGAUUUCAGAAACUGUGGAAGCCCCACUCUAUGUUAGGUAAUUGUGCCCUGUUUCAAUGGCAAAAAUGCACCCAAUUCAGAAACUGUGGAAGCCCCACUCUAUAUUAGGUGGAAAGCAGAAAGUCCAUCAAACUGGCUUCAAAUGACAAGUGAGCUUAUUUAUCAAAACAGAAAUGAGAAUGUUGCAAUCACUUAAUAAUGUCUCCCUUGCAGGUUCCAUUCUUGUUUCAACUUUGGCAUCACCAUUUACAUUAGCCGUGCAUUUGCUAAAUUUGCCAAAGCUUUAUAAUCUUUUUGCAGGAAUUUUGAUGUCUACAUUUGACAUGAAGGAUGAAUCCAAGGAAGUGAUUUGGCAAGAUGUUGGUAGUGGGAGGAAUGCUAAUACUGGAAAGGAUAAUGGGGUCAAUCAAAGCACCAACAGAGGCCUUACAUCCACCUCUUCACUAGUUUUGCAGGACAUAGAAAAUAAGGCAACCAUUCCAACCAUGAGGCUUCCAUUCUUUGCUGUUAGGAAUGGCGACGAUUCUUGGUCACUAGAGACCAGUUCUGGGGGUCUAGUAAAUGCUCUUCUUGUUUUCCUAGAUUGGAUUCAUGUGUCUCUAACGUGGGAUAUACUGCUGCCAAAAUUGGAGAUCAUCUGCAGUUCAUUUGCAGCAACUCCAAUCGGCCCUGUUGUUUUCCUUGUGAUCGCAUUCGGGAACUCGGCAGUGAUUAUAAGCUUGUGGCCAUGCCAUGUUGUUUGGACAUACUACUGCAUUGCAAAGGUUGUUCUCAUGCUGAUGGUUAGGUGUUCUUUUGCCCCCCAUAUAGUGACACUUGCUGCCAACAAGAGAGGAAGACAAUGACUAAAACAAGUAGCUGUGUUCCAACCUAGGAUGUAACCUGAACUUCCCACCACAGCUAAACUGUAUGGGGAAAUCUGUCGGUGGUGACCCUUGUGGGGAGGAUUAGAAGGGAAUAUCAUGCUCUGGAACUUCAGUUCAAUCCAUGUAUUGUAAUUAUUACUUUCUUUUUUAAUCCAAGGAGCCAUUUGGACCACACACUCUCUUCUUUGUAAGUACCUUCUUUCUGAAUAGGUCUACUAAUAUGUCAGUCUACUAGAAUAUUAAGGAUAAAGAUAAUGAACCUGCAGUGUUGAAGUUUACCAAUCUCUUGUUCAUCUCAUUCUCUACGAAACUUGUAAGUUUGUUCUUGAUGAAUCCUGGCUUGAGCCCUGCCAGGAAUCUGACAUUAAUUUAUGUGCCAAAUAAAUGUCCUGUGCUAGUAUAUGCCAUAUCCAUGUAUCAAUUUCACAUGUAACUUUUAACGUUUCAUGUGUUAGUGGUAACCCUGCAACUCAGUUUAAUGGUACUUACUGGUUGCCUUCAAUAUAGGUAAAUGAUACAGUUGGAACACUGGCUGGAAGUAGAUACUGCAAUAAUGAUGUUGUUGCUGCUGUAAUCUUGGGUACUGGAACAAAUGCUGCAUAUGUAGAGCGUGCACAUGCAAUUCCUAAGUGGCAUGGUCUUCUACC